UUUCGGCUCCUGCUGCCAGUCGGGCCCUUUUCAACGGAGCAACCGCCGGCGCAGGGCUCCACGUGGGGCCGGGUUCGCCGGGGGCCGGAGCGGCCCGAGGCGGGGGGGCAGACAGGGACGAUGUUCACAAACAAGCUCUUCACACUGGUGCUGGUGGUGCAGCCCCAGCGGGUGCUGCUGGGCAUGAAGAAACGUGGAUUCGGGGCUGGGCGCUGGAAUGGAUUCGGGGGCAAAGUGCAAGCGGGUGAGACCAUAGAGCAGGCAGCCCACAGGGAGCUGCUGGAAGAGAGCGGAUUGACCGUGGACAACUUGCAGAAGAUUGGUCAGAUCACCUUUGAGUUUGUAGGUAACUCUGAGCUUAUGGAAGUCCACAUCUUCCGGACAGACAGCUUUCAUGGAGAGCCAACAGAAAGUGAUGAAAUGCGUCCGCAGUGGUUUCAACUGGAUCAAGUGCCUUUCAGUCACAUGUGGCCAGAUGAUGUCUACUGGUUCCCCCUACUGCUCCAAAAGAAGUCGUUCCAGGGCUAUUUUAAGUUCCAGGGGCUAGACACUAUUCUGGAGUACACGCUGAGACAAGUGGAGGAGGUUUAAGAGGAAACAGCAGCAUUCCGCCCUCACCAAAUACAUCAUUGCCCAUAUUGGGCCAGGCCCCAACUAUUAGGUGUUAACAUGCCAUAGUAGUGGCCACUUUAUGCAAUGCUCUCCUUUCUCAGCAGAGGAGACUUAUCUACUGGAUGGGUGGAGGAGAAAAAGUGGCUUUUCUCUUGAGGGAGAACAAAAGACAGCAGUUCUUGUGCUGGUGCAGUUCCAAGGUGUGGGAUGUUUUAGUUAUGGCUUGGUAAUGACUCCCAUAAUUCAAUGGUAUCCCUUCUCCUUUAACAGUUAGAUCAAUAAUCUGUUCCUUCUCAGAGGGCCCUCUUUUACAUUAAAAUACUAAAAUGAAUAUAGCAUUCAUGGUCUGAUUCAUGUUCCAGGGAAGUGACAAGAUGAUUUCUGAAAGGCCCUUAAAAAUAGUCCAGAAGCAGGAGACCUGCCCCCAGGCAGCAUAGAGACUGGAGUGUAAUAGUUAACCACUUUCUUCACAGGCUACAGCACUGGAACUAGCACUCCCCUUAAUCCUCUUCCCCAUCCAUCCUACAAACUGGGACAGUGUGUUGCUUCCUCUUAUUCAGGGCCAGCUGAGGGUGGAGCAUUUUGGGGAGGCUGGGCAUGGAACUGUGUAUGGCUCUAGUUUUUUUCCUCUCAAAGCAACAAGAGGUUGUGGCAAUGGGUAAAAUAAAGCAAUGUGGUUGCAUAGCA